AGAGGCCGCUAGCGAGACUGCCAAUGGCGGGGAUCAAAGCCACUGCGGAGAAGAAGGGCAAGAAGAGAAAGGAGGAGAAGGCCGAUGGGAUGGAGACGACGAAGAAGGCUAAAAAGAAUGUGACUAAAGGAGCGGAUGCCGAUAAGAAGGCGGAGGCAUUAUCUGCGCUGGCUGUGCCGCGCCAAGUACAGCUGAAGGCGAAGAAGGGAAAGGCUGCGGAGGACGCUGCGAAGGAUGCGAAGAAUGCUGCGAAGAAUGCCGAAGAAAGCUGCGAAGGAAAAACGAAGGAGACGAAGGAAGUAAAGAAGGGGAGAAAGGGGAAGGAGAGGAAGGUGGUGGUAGUGGAAAAGGUUGAGAAGAAGACGACCAAAGAAGUGGAGGCGGAGAGGAAGGGGAAGAAGGAGGCGGAGAAAGCAGCGAAGGAGGAGAAGAGUAAGGCAGUGACGGCCAAGGCGGUAGCUGCUGGUGGAAAGAAGGGGAAGAAGGGCAAAGUGCCUGUGAAGGAGGACAGCAGCGAUGAGGAGAUGCAGGACGCCAGUGAGGAGGAGAGUGAGGAGAGUGAGGAGGAGAGUGAGGAGGAGAGUGAGGAAGAGGUUACGGUGGUAAAAAAGGUGACGGCGAAAGAGGAGAGUAGCGAUGAGGAGAGUGAGGAGGAGGAGGAGAGUGAUGAGGAGGAGGAAAGUGAGGAGGAGGAGAGUGAGGAGGAGGAAGAAGACAAGAAGAUUGUGAAAGAGGGAAGCAGUGAGGAGGAGGAGAGUGAAGAAGAGGAGGAGGAGGAGGAGGAGGAGGAGAGUGAGGACGAGGAGGAAGAAAAGAAAGUAGAGAAAAAGGAGGUAAGCAGUGAGGAGGAGAGUAGUGAUGAAGAGGAGGAGGAGGAGAGUGAGGAGAAGGAGGUUGUGAAAAAGGGUGCAGCUAAGGAGGAGAGUAGUGGAGGAGGAAGAGGAGAGAGGAAAGCAGUGAGGAAGAGAGUAGUGAUGAUGAGGAGGAGGGAGGAGGAGGAGGAGGAGGAGGAGGAGGAGGAGGAGGAGGAGGAGGAGGAGGAGGAGAGUGAGGAGGAGGAAAAGAAGAAGGUUGUGAAAAAGGGAGCAGCUAAGGAGGAGAGCAGUGAGGAGGAAGAGGAGGAGAGUGAGGAUGAGGAGGAAACGAAGAAAGUUGUGAAGGAGGAGGGAAGCAGUGAGGAAGAGAGUAGUGAUGAUGAUGAGGAGGAGGAGGAGGAGGAGGAGAGUGAGGAAGAGGAGGAAGAAAAGAAAGUAGAGAAAAAGGAGGUUAGCAGUGAGGAGGGGAGUAGUGAUGAGGAGGAGGAGGAGGAGGAGGAGAGUGAGGAGAAGGAGGUUGUGAAAAAGGGUGCAGCUAAGGAGGAGAGUAGUGAGGAGGAAGAGGAGAGUGAAGAGGAGGAGAGUGAGGAAGAGGAGGAGGAGGAGGAAGAAAAGAAAAUAGUGAAAAAGGAGGAAAGCAGUGAGGAAGAGAGUAGUGAUGAGGAGGAGGAGGAGGAGAGUGAGGAGGAGGAAAAGAAGAAGGUUGUGAAAAAGGAGCAGCUAAGGAGGAGAGCAGUGAGGAAGAAGAGGAGGAGAGUAGUGAGGAGGAAGAGGAGGAGAGUGAGGAUGAGGAGGAAACGAAGAAAGUUUGAUGAGGAGGAGGAGGAGGAGGAGGAGAGUGAGGAAGAAGAGGAAGAGAAGAAAGUAGUGAAGAAGGAGGAGAGUAGUGAGGAAGAGAGUGAUGAGGAGGAAAGUGAGGAGGAAAGUGAGGAGGAAAAGCAGAAAGUUGUGAAAAAUGUAGCAGCACAGGAGGAGAGUAGUGAGGAGGAAGAGGAGGAGAGUAGUGAGGAGGAAAGAGGAGGAGAGCAGUGAGGACGAAGAGGAGGAGAGCAGUGAGGAGGAAGAGGAGGAGAGCAGUGAGAAGGAAGAGGAGGGGAGUAGUGAGGAGGAGGAGACAGCAAAAAAGGUAGCGGCUAAGAAGGAGCAGAAGCCGCAAGGGAAGGAGGAGGCCAAGACUCCAGAAGCUAAGGGGCAGCAGGCGCAGGCAGAGAACGGAUGGCAGACGGCACCUGGCAAGAUCACCGGCAACAAGCGGACCUUUGACAGCAUCUCGCCAGGAUCGGGCACCAAGCUGGGCAGCGCUGCUCGGGCCUUCCAGCGGGUGAAGGUGGAGGAGGUUCAAUUCAAGGACCCCCGCCUCAUGGAUAACUCCUACUGGGCCAAGAGUGGGGCUGGAAGUGGCUGGGGCGCCAAGGCACAGGAGAUUCUGGGCCAAGUCAGGGGCAGGGGGUUCCGGCACGAGAAGACCAAGAAGAAGAGGGGCAGCUACAGGGGCGGCGUUAUCGACCAGCAGAGCCAUUCGAUCAAGUUCGCUGACUCCGACGACGAGUGAUCAACGGUAUUGUGGAGCCUUGCAGAUGUGCCUUGGAGUAUUAGUUGGGACACAUAGAAGGGUGCUUACAGUGUGGCACUAUGGGUCUCACUCUGUCAGGUUUGCCAUUUUGGGUCUGGCCGUUCGGAUGGUGUUAGGCAUUGAUGGAGCAGUGAUGUGUGGUGGAGCUGGUAAGAUCAAUGCCUCCUCUCAGCAUAGUAGUGUCAAUGAAAGCAUGCACUCAAUAUCUAGGGGUCGUUUUGCAUCCAGUUUUGGGCAGCUCUAUAUAUGGUGCUCUUUGGUUGGACCUUGCGUGAAUGGGGAUUUUGUUAUUGUGUUGCACACUAUUGAUUUCCUUGAUUAUGU